AGCUGUCAUAACAGACAUGUGUAAAAUGACUUGAGUAUCAAUGCAUGUGUGAAGUCUGCUGAGUAUAAAUUAAAAAUCAGAUCUGAGAUGGAAUCAUAAAAGAAUAAGUUCCCAGACAGACAACAAGUGCUUCUUAGUAAGGAAUAUGGCUGACCAUAAUGUACAACUUAAACAACUUUUGAGAAUUCAGGAAAAGAUUACUACACACCAGAAAUUAAUAGAAAGCCAAAUAAGACAAAGUGACCAAAGACUAUUUAAAAGUACAAUAGAUGAAAAUAUAUCCGUUCAAGUCCAACAACUUACAAGGAAAUCUGUUCUGGAGGGAAUUGCUAAGAUGUUAGUCAAAGUCAAAGAAGCAACAGACAAGAAGAUAGAAGCUCUGGCUCAUUGUGAUAGAGAUACAGACUUCACGCUUGACUCGUCGAUGGACAAUACAAACAGUCAUUAUAAUGGAACAUCAAUCUUGAAUUUGAAAAGAGAUAAGUUUGCAGGACCAAUUACAGAACUUUUUACACUUCAAAGAAAUGUAUGACGCAGGCUCAGCCUAAGUUUUAAGACAGUGCUGAAGAUUUACUUUGUGCUUUUCAUGCUUAGGAGUUAUUGAACAAUACUGACAGUGUCACAGUGCUAACAGAUUUAAUGGUGCUUUAUAAUAACCAUAUGUGUCAAAUACAGUUUAUGUGUCAUACAAUGCUAAAUUGAAGAUAAAUUCAUGAAACUUAA